AUGAGAUCCGCGGCCCUCGCUUGCCUCGCCCCACUGGCGGCGGCCACAAAGAACCUCGCUGGUUUGUUCUACGCCAACGCCAUCCCAAAGGAGAACCUGGCACAGGACUGUGAAUACCCUGCAUAUUUCACUAUCCAGGACUUCACUACUUUCACUCCAACCGCAUCAAACAAGACUGAGGUCAAUUUUGGCUAUGUCGAUUCCGAUACGGAUAUCACCACCACCUGCAACCUGAAUUCUACCUCGGCAGAUCUCGGCGCUGAAGGCGGCGCUUCUAGAUAUGCAUGUGACAACUCCGCGAUCAACUUUAUCUGGCAGAGCAACAAAUUGACCGUGGUUGAGUUGGCAUGCCCCACCAGCUCGGUGCAAUACGAUACCUCUGGUUCGUGGAUUCCCAGUCUAACCUGCAAGGAUGCCGCCAAUCGAGGAGGCGUCGAGUGUGUGAGCAACUCAACGACAUACCAGGGCCAGUUCACCAGCAUCGAGCCUUUAAAGCCCGGAGGAGGUGGUGGGCCGGGACCUACCCGUCUGAUCCGGCGGGCUUGA